AUGAAAUUGGAUAAUUUCCUCCCCUUCUUUGCCUUGGCAGGCCAUGCUCUCGCAUCGCCCAAACAGGAAACCAUUGAGGUCGAUGUUUGUAUUGUCGGCGGCGGCGCAACUGGUGCUUACGCUGCAGUCAGGCUGCGAGAGGAUUACAAGAAGAAGGUCGUGGUGAUUGAGAAGGCCAACAGACUUGGCGGUCAUGUCCACGCUUACAAGCCGAACGGCAGCUCGACACCGAUCAAUUAUGGAGUCCAGGCGUACCUUGACCGAGACACAACCAAAGCUUUCUUCAAGAGAUUCAAUGUCGGACUCGUCUCCCCCAAUCUGAUCAGCGCCGCCGAGGGGUUGCUCACCACCAAGGACAUUGAUUUCAGCACUGGUAAAAAGGUCGAUCCCGACUACGGUACUAUCAACUCUACUGUCGCCCUGGCCACAUAUGCUGCAUUGGCCAUCAAGUACCAACCCUGGUUCGAGAACGGCUAUUUCAAGAAGGGAGAGGUCCCCGAGGAUCUCCUACUUCCCUUUGGCGAGUUUCUUGAAAAGUACCAGCUUGGAAGUGCUCUUUCCGUCCUUCGAACUCUCAUCUGGCUUUCCGACGCGACGCACACCCCGACUUGGAAUGUCAUGGCUGUUGUCGGAGAGCCGCAACUUGCGGCCUUUGGAUUCGGUCUUACCGGUCCUUCUUUCAAGUAUCCAUCCACAGGCUCUACCCUGUCACUCUACGACAACGUCUACAACUUGAUCAAGGAUGACGUUCUUCUUGAAAGCACUGUUGCCUGGAGCAAGCGAACUUCCCAGGGCUCAGAGCUUGUCGUGCAGACACCCUCUGGCAAGAAGACCAUCAAGGCCAAGAAGGUCCUCUUCGCAGCAACUCCAUCCCCAGAUAACGUUGGAACCUGGGAUCUCGAUGCCAAGGAGAAGUCGCUCUUCUCCAAGUUCUCUUGGGAGACGCUGUACGUCGGCGUCGUCGGCAAGACAGGCCUACCCAAGACCGUCGGCGGCAUUACCAACACCGCUGACAACGCCACCAACUACUACCUUCCACGAGGUAACUUUGUCGAUGCCUACUCUCGCUCGGGUGAGCAUGACUUCUGGACAACUCGUGUCCUUGGCACGGCCAGCCUGACAGCUCAAAAGGCCAAGGAUCUCAUCAAGCAGGUGUUUACCAACAUCGGCAAGGCUGGAACUUACGAUGUGACCACUCCUGAUAUUCUUGCAUUUGCGUCACACGGCUUGACUGUUCCCAAGGUCUGUCCUGAGGAGCUUGAGCGCGGCUUCUACAACAAGAUUUAUGCUCUUCAGGGCCAGCGUAACACGUUCUGGACUGGCCUCACUUGGGCUCCUGACUACACUCCUAUUCUCUGGGACUUCACUGAGAAGUUGUUCCCCCAGAUCCUGGCUGGUCUUUGA